AUGGCGCCUACGCCCAAGACAAAUCUUGCCUGCGAUACCUGCCGUCAAAGAAAAUCGCGAUGCGAUGGCGUUCGUCCGAUCUGCACCCAUUGCAGAAAUGCGGGACGUGAGUGCACCUACAGGCCAACCCCGACAAGCCUAGAAGCGGAUAACUAUGUUUUGUCCCGGUUAACACACGUAGAGGCACGCCUCAAGCAACUCGAAGAGAGAUCAGAUCACAGCCGUCGUGCAAGCGAAGGACUUGCGUCUACUUGUCAUAGUACUCCGAGCGCGCAUGCAACCUCAUCUCAGCAUUCCUCUCUCGUCAAGUUUCCAGAGCUUCACACUGCAGCCGCUUGCAAAAUGCUUGUCUACUGGCCCAGGAUCCGUAUCAAUUUUACCGUCCCUGGGAUCUCAGCUGCAAAUUAUUUGUCCGAGACUGAUCACUCAGACGCAACCCUGCUCAGCUCCCUCUCGUCAAGAUCUUCAACCCCAACCUUGAUGCUCUGGCAAGUGUCUCGAGUGCUCGAAGAGUUCUACGAUAAUACUUCGAGUAACCUACCAGUCUACAUCUCGGAGUUGAUUCAAAGUUGUCCUAAGCUUAGUAGUCAGUUUGUGGCUAACAACCUGCGAAACAUGUUUGGAAUGGACAUGGACUCCUUGGAUACUGUUCUUGUGGACAUCAAACAGCUUCCGAUCUCGAUAUUACUCGUUCUUUCCAUCGCACUAAGAUCGGCUGAUAAUAGUCCCCUCAACUUGGGACCAGAGCUACUCCUGGCGCUGUCCGAGGCCAGCUUCACAAAUGCACUCCAAAGUCAAUGGACUUUGCUCUCUGUUGUAGACGAAGAACGGAUACCACUGUCUCUUCUUAUGGCCUACUGCUUGAUGUAUUUCUGGGCGAGACCGUUUCAUGCACUGGGAUUGGUACAGUCACUAGACCCGGUAAUACGCACUUUCUCUAUGAGGAAUGGAGACGAAUCUCUCGGAAGGCUCUACUACAGACUGCACUACAUCAUUGAAUGUGAUAUCCUUACCGAAGUUGAUGGCAUACCAUCGGAUAAAACAUUCGAGGUGCUUACCAAAACCAACGAUGAGUCCAUGUCGGGCUUUCUGGAGAGCCAUUUGUGGCUUAGAAGCCACCUCAAUAAAGUACUCCAGUACCUUUACAGCACAAGCAAGGCAUAUGCCCAGCCUCACGAACUUGCCGAUCUGGUUUGCAACUUGUCCGCGGACCUCCGGGGCUGGUUCCAAUCUCAACCUUUGGGCGCCCAAUUCGCACGCGACGCCACAGCAUUUAGCAUGAGCGUUCCCACCAUGCCUUUACGAAAAAGAGAAAUCGCACUACGAUACUUCGCAUGCGCCUUUCUGUUACAUCGCCCCGUAUUGUACUUCUUCCUCCACAAGGACAUGGAGUACACGGUACGACCCCCCGACACACAAGCGCUUCGCUCCGACCAAGCACCCUGGAUCCUCGAGUCGUGCCGCGACUGCAUCGAGGGCGCCACGCUCUUUGUACACUUCUCAUGCAUCUCCAUGGACUCUCAGAGCAGCAAGAUGGAACGAUCAUAUCGCAGCUGGUGUGACAUCCAACUUCUGUUCGCGGCAUAUUUAGUUCUGGUCCAGGUCAAAUCUGUUCCUGCCUUGGUGCCCAUCUUUCGGGUAUUGGGAGAUAUGGAAAAUCUUCUCGACCAGGCUGAGCGUAUGUUCGAACUGUUUCCCGUCGACUCGUUGAAGAUCCGCAAGAGUUUGGAGGUCCUUCGCAGCCAACGCCAAAAUCUGGACGCCGCUUCACCGGUGUAUUCGCACGGUUCGGUGUGA